AUGAAAUAUAUUUUAUUAUUAUCGGUUGUAUUUGUAAUGCUUUCUUUGGUCCGUAGUGAAACCGAAGCCAAUCCCAGUUAUUGGAGUAGCUGUGCAGCCAAGGGUGACAAGUUGACAUUAAAGAAUGUUGUGCUAGCUCCAUUCCCACCAGUUCGUGGAAAGAACUUGAACAUCACAGUGAUUGGUACUCUAAAUGAAAAGAUCUCAAAUGGUAUCGUCUAUAUUUCAAUGAUUGGAGAUAACAAUCAGAAAAUGGAUACACAAGUCGAUAUUUGCAAGAAUAGUUUCACUCAUGCAAGUGAAUGUCCAGCACCAGCAGGUAACUUUGCCAAAACCAUUUCACUACCAGUACCAGCCAUGGCUCCACCAGGUCACUACACCACUCACAUCGUAGUGAGAGACGACAAGAAGAAUCAGAUUACCUGUUACAAUCUUGACAUUACAUUACCACACUAA